GCCCGUGGUGGGCGGGGCGGCGGCCUGAGCUGUGACCGGCUGGGCUGGAUGAUUGACAGGCCCAGAGUGAGUGUUUGCACGGUGUGUGUGUCACUGGGUGUUCCAGCACUCAUCCAGGUGUGUGUGGGCACAUGAUGAGGGUGAUGUCACUGGUGGCCACAGAGCUUAUCCUGAGCUGCCCGGCUUCCUGGUCCAACAUGGGCCCCUCCAUGGUGCUGCUGCUGCUUCUUCUGCCCCUGGGGCUCUUCCCCUGCUGCCAAGCAGCACCCGGCUCCUCUCAGGAUCUUUCGUAUGUCUCGGAGAUCUACUCUCAAGGUCCUCAGCGAUUGUCUUUCUACAACUGGUAUGGCAACGUCCGGCUGUUCCGGUUCCAAGUUCCCUCUGACGCAGUCCUGCUCAGGUGGUCCCUGCUGGCCAUUCGGGGAAAAGGUGACGGGUGUCAGAACGUGGCGAUUACGGCACAUUUCCGAUACGGGGCCCCGCCGGUGAUUAACCCUUUGGGCUACAGCUUUGCAGUCAACACUUCGGUGUCGUUCUCCUAUAACCGGACGUUAACAUUCCAGAACUCCCUGCAAAGUUACGUCUACCUGAAUGUUACCAACCCCACACCCGGGGACUGGUUCAUCGUUGCCCAUCUACCUAAAGACUCAGAGAAGAUAGAAAUUCAGGGCCUCACAAAAUCCUGCACCUACAUCUUCCAACCUGAACUGUUCGUGCUCAGAGAAGUCGACGUGCCAAUUUUAAACGCUGAUACCCCAACGCAGCAAGUCUUAGACCCUACGAGAACCUCGUCUAGCUUCAAGAUUUAUGUCCCCGAAUACACCCGAGACCUACAGUUGCAGCUGCUGAAAUGCGCCUCCAAUGGCAGCCAGAGCGGGUGCCCGCUGAAGAUCUCUGUCGGCUCGGUCACCCAGCCUGGCGCCUCACCCCAGCAGGUGAACUGCAGCCAGAGCUCGGCGUGCGUCCUACUGCUCCCAUCUCCGCCCUGGGAGAAGUGGCUGAACGUCAUGGUGGAAAUGCCCCAGUGGGUGAAUGCCAACAUGUCUUUCGAGCUGCUUUACAACAUUUCAGUCUGUAAGCCGGGAGUGAUCGGAACAAGGUCAAUCUUGUCUUUCCUGAACUCGCUGUCCUCCAACAACACUUUGCUGCAAGAUGGUCAGCUGCCUCCCAGCAAUGCCACCACCCUGUCUGAUGGGGGCAGUUCCUGCCUGAGGAAAUACCCCGUAAUCCGGGAGGACCUGGAUGUAGUGUCGGUGAGAUUCCAUCUCAUCAACAGCCCCUCAGUGCCGGUGGUGGCUCAUCUGCCCAGCGUGGUCAUGCUCAGUCUGGAUUCUGAAAUGGACAAUGGAGGGGUGCUGGUGGUCAAUCUGCAGCUAAACAGGACGGGGAAGAACAGCUUGAACUACACUGUGGUGGCAUGCUUGAGCGCAGCCGCUCCUGUACUCACACUCAACACUUCGGAGAAUUGCACAACAGCUUUUUCCCAGGGCUAUUCCUACAGAUUAACCGCAGCCGCCUACGGAGACACGUACAACAUACCGUACCCCGAGACAGGCAGAUGGUACCUCUCUAUGCAGAUAUUGUGUUCAGAUAAUGACAGCGCAUGUCAACAGGAGGUGGCCAAAGUGAUCGUGUCGGCCUACCUCAGCCCCUGCCUGAAUGACUGCGGCCCAUACGGCGAGUGCCGCCUGCUGCGGAGGAACGGGUAUCUGUACGCUGCCUGCAGCUGCAAAGCUGGCUGGGCCGGCUGGAGCUGCACAGAUGACCGGAACGCUCUGUCCGUGGCACAGCAGUUGACCGCCACAAUGCUGCUGACGCUCAGCAAUCUACUGUUUGUGCCCACCAUUGUAGUCGCCGUUUACCACUUCUAUUUCGUAGAGGCCGCGGUCUACGCCUACACCAUGUUUUUCUCUACGUUCUAUCACGCCUGCGAUCAGCCCGGAGUGACCGUCAUGUGCAUCAUGGACUACGACACGCUGCAGUUCUGCGACUUCUUCGGCUCUGUCGUCGCCAUCUGGGUGACCAUCCUGUGUAUGUGCAGGCUGAAGAAGCCGGUUAAAUACGUGCUGUUUAUGUUGGGAUCGCUGGUGAUCGCAAUGUCUAUGCAACUCGAUCGGCGAGGAAUUUGGAACAUGUUGGGGCCGUGUCUGUUCGCUCUGAUAAUCCUGAUCAUCGUGUGGACAUGGAGGGGAGUCCGGCGUCGCCACUGUUACCCCCCAAGCUGGCAGCGUUGGGUCUUCUUCCUCAUACCCGGAGUAGCCUUGGCCCUGACGGCCAUUUCAGUCUACGUCUUCGCCGAGACCAACGCCAACUACUACUACACCCACAGCCUGUGGCACAUGAUGGUGGCCACCAGCGUGGCUUUUCUGCUGCCGCCCCGGGAGCGGAAAACGAAAUCGUGGGAGUGGUCGCAAAUGCUGGACUGCGGAUAUAAGAUGUGUAAAGAUGACCGGGAGGAGUUGUAUGUGGUCACGUGACCCCCCACUUUUUUUUUUCUUCUUGUCCACGGAAUUCCGAA